AUGGCUCCACCAAGUCGAAAACGUGCAGCGCCGACAGAAACAGCCAAAACCGGCAAUGUCUCAAAAAGAAUCAUGACAGGCAUGGCGCUCAAAAAGGAAUCCUCUGGCUCGUACGCCGUUCAAGGUGCGGCACGCUCCGAAGGCUCUGGUCACCCACUCAAAGAUCGGUUCUUGGCUGUCUUUGUAAUCCCCGAGUUCAAGUCCGGUAUUUCCAACUCGACUCUCAAAGAACGCUUCGGCGAUGCCGAUUACAUCAAACUGGUACCAAUUAUCAAUGAGCUGACUUCUCAAUCACGUCUGGUCAUGAGCAAAGUCGGUGAAACGGAACUGUUUUACAGUCUGGUUUCGGAAGACGUCGCCUCUAGGUUUCAUGGGUUGGACGCAUCUGCCCGCAUGGUGUACCAAUACAUUGAACGGGCAGGCAAUAUGGGUAUUUGGACCAAGGAUCUACGAGUCCAAACAUCUAUUCAACAACAGGCACUCAACAAAAUUUUCAAAACUCUAGAAUCUCGACAACUGAUCAAGCCAGUAAAGUCGGUCAACGCCAAAUCAAAAAAACUAUACAUGCUAUACGAUCUUACUCCGUCGACCGAACUUACCGGUGGCGUCUGGUACAGUGACAUGGAGUUUGAUCACGAGUUUAUUUCAGAGCUCCGCAAUUUUCUGUUGUCCUGUGUUCGACGCAUGAAUGGCGGAAAUGGCGUCACGCUGCCUGAAGUUCGCGAAAAGAUGAUCCAAGGAAAAGUUAGCCGAGUGCAACUCGCCAUCAACGAACUUCGCCAACUCAUGCAGACCCUUGUGUACGAUUAUCUUGUGGACGAGGUGGAAACUGAAGAUGAGACCGAAGUAAUGUACUUGCAAGCCCGACGGGUCACUCCCAUGUGUAGUUUUAAGUGGUGGGAUUGCCUGUCUCCCGACUUUCAGUAUCGGGCCAUUCAGUUCGAAGACAGUGUGACGCUCGCUCCACACGAGCCACACUACCACACAGCUUGA